AAAUUUUACCUACGUUUGAAUAAUAUUCGAUUUAACAACUGUUUAUUGUUUAUUGGUAUAUAUAUAUGUAUACAAAAAAAAAAAUAUAUAUAUAUCAUGGCUAAUCGAAAAAUGAGUAAAGAGUAUGUAGUUACCACUCUCUAUAACGUGUCAAUUUGCAAGUGGAUUCACUGAAACAGCUCAAAGAUAUAGAAAUUAAACAGUUUAACUGCGUUUAUUUUCUAAUACAUAAUGUAAAGAGGAAAGUGAUAUCGUCAACUGACGGUACAUAACCCAAAAAUUGAUUGUAUAUACAUAUACAUAUAUUGUUAUCUACAAUACAUUUUGAUGUGCAUAUGUCAAUUGCUUAUACAUUCAAAUGAUACCGUGCAACAAGACUUGCGUAGUGGAUAAUUGGAUCUUUAAAAAAAAAUAAAAUUUGUUCAUUCAUAAACAAAUACUAAUAUUUUCUGUAACUAUAUAUUGUAUACUCACUCAUAGUUGGAAUGGUCCCAACUUUUCAUCAUGUUAUAUAUAUGUAAGAUAAUAAGAUUUCGGAAGUGGAAAGCUCUUCUUAUCUUUGGAUUACUAUCUCUAGCCUUAGGUAUAAGGAUAUUUAUGGAUACACUGAAUGUUAGUGUAGUGCAGUUGACAGAACUUCACAAGUGUCCUGCUUGCUAUGGUGUUUCAGCCUGUAGCAAUAUUUUUAAAAACAAAAUAAAAAUUGAAUAUUCUAGUCUUCACAUGGUAUUUGCCAAUUUGUUCAGUACCAAAAAUGUAUAUUAUGCUACCAAUGGAAUAAAACCAAUAGUUCUUAAGAAGCUGGCACAUACUGCAGAAUUGGAUGCUUUCGAUACAGACCUUUGUACUGAUCCUAAUUUAAUAGACAUCUGCCCCAGGAAUAUAAACCAAGCCCAGACACACAAUAUAGACUUCUACUCUCGCAUAAUCAAAGAAAUAUCUUUAGACUAUGAAACUGUGGAUGGCAGUCGGCUUAGAUUAUGCCCAUCUACUGAUCGAAUAGAUCUUCUUUUCUAUAAUGUAUUUGCAAACAGUGGUAAUGACAAGAAAAUUGUAUCACAGGCAUAUUUGUGGACCAUGAUUAAGAUCAAUCCAGAACCUCUUAUUCUUCAGAUUCUCUCCAUAGAUAAUGCGUGGCCAGUACCAAAAUACUUAGGAGCUUGUGGGAGACUUGUGCUCGAGGAAUAUGCUGGUCAGCCAUUAAAUAAUUUUCAUUCUGAAUCAUGGAUGCAUAGAGCUAAAAUUGCUUCAAGAUUAUUGAGAGCUGCUCGAAUGUUCACUUUUCGAAAUCCAGACUUUGGAUUUUAUCUAACAGAUAUUUCACCUGAGAAUAUUGCUGUGGACUCCCAAUAUGAGAUAAAGUUCGUUGACUUGGAAAAUAUUAUUGUUGUGGAUAAGAAACUAUCUACCAAAAAUGACAUAAACGAUUGGCAUAAGAUACACACAAACAAUUUUGACUUUGAGUGCCAAAAUUGUUUGACUUUUUCUCCUAUGGAUAUCUGCAGUCAUCAAUUGAGUGAUCAUAAUUACUAUGCUGUAUGCCAACAUUUACUCUCUGAAAAAACUAGCGCAACUUCAAUUCCUGGGGGUUUAUUACAUGACAUACCAGUCGCGAUAUUGGAGAAAUAUCCAAAUUUAUCACAUUUAAUAGAACAAUGUGCAGUUCCUGAUCUGCCAAACAAUAGAAUAUCAUUUGGCGAUCACCUAAAAGAAAUGUUAGAUGAUAUUCUGGAUAAUCUAACAUAGCUUUUAUACGCGAUAUGAGCGUUGUUCUGGAAAGUGUCACUCUGAGACAAAUUAUUUUAAGACAUGAGUUCAAAGAAGAGACUCAGUAGAGUCUUGCCCCAAGUACAAUUAUAUUUAAUGAUUAAUAAUCAAUCAUUUAUUUACUAUAAAUUACAAAAAUAAUUCAUAUACAUAAUAUAUAUGUAUCUGAUCAUUGAUACCGUUGAUAUCUAAUAACCGAGUUACUUAAUGUAUGAAAGCAAAUGUGUAAUCGUCUAAAUAAAUUAAAUAAUUCUAA